AAGAGACAUGGAUGUCAUGCUGAGACGCGGUGGAAUAAUUAUCUACAUGGGCUUUUUGGUGUGGACAACAUGUUCAGCAGCACCAAUGCAGUGUCACUUCAACUCUCAAGCUCUGUGUGAGUAUGAAGGGAAGCAGUACUCUAUGGGAGAGAGCUGGAUGGAGCAGGGCUGUGUGCAGUGCACCUGCCUGCACCCCAUGGGAGUGGGAUGCUGCGAGACUGUCCAUCGGCCUGUGGACUUCCCUCCCUGGUGUGAAGUUCGAGUUGAAUCUCUGACUUGUCAGGUCACACUGGUGAUGACAUCUGAUCCUCGUCUGCUCUGCAUUCCUGGAGAAGAGAACAACAUUGACCCAAUACAUGGAGCCAUGAACAUGCUGGCAGGUUAGCGAUGAGGGAUCGCAGAUCACCAGCCUGUCUCACUUUUAUCUGUGAGAUGGGAUAUUACUCCUUCUAUAACACAAUUAUAAUACAAAACUGUAUUCACAAAACAACAAUUUCCAUUUAAGCUGCCAAAAUUUGCUGUUAAAGGAAGCAAGGAAGUAAUCUGGCAGGUACAGCUUGAGUCCUGUGUUUGAAUGAUGUAUUGAAGCGAAGGUCAAUUAAAUAAUCUUUACAUUUUUAUUGAAGGUUGUGUAUGAAUGUGUUCAUAUUCUAACAUGUUAUUAUUAAGUAAUUACAUCAAUAUAACAAAAGUUAUUAGCAUUGCUUGUCCUUUCUUUGUCUUUUACAGUCUGAUUUUUACUUCCAUACUAGGGUGACAACCCUCUGCUUCAACACCUCAAUUGUCUAGAUGUCUCUGAAAACAAACCCAUUAGGAAGCAUAAGCUUCACUACAACCUGAAAUAAUUUGAGAAGAAAGCUUGCUAAGAUUGAUAAUUUUAGGCAACAUUGCCAAAGCUUUUCCUUCAUUUAUACACUAUUGUAAAUAAACAUCUUAAAGUUUAGUAAUAUAUGUAACUGUUAAUCUCAUUUGUUCCUUAUGUUACAAUGUUUACUCAAAUAAAGAUGUAUAGAAAAAGGCUGCUCAGAGAUUUUUACAUGCAAAAUAGCCUGAAAUAGAGUAAUUCAUAUAAAAUAGAAACUGUUUUUAAUUAUGGUUUAAAGCAUAAGACUAACAUAUACAAUAAAUAUAUAAAUUUUUACGUUAUAUGAGAUAAUGAAGCCUUUUUGUCAAGGUUGAAAUGUUAAUAAGUUGCUUAAAUAAAUAAUUAUGACCUCAAUGCACUGUAAAACAUAAAAAUGAAUAAAAUAUCUCCAAAUAUAAGCUACCUUUUAAUAUGGAACAAAUGGCUAAAAAAAUCUUUAGUUUUAUGAUCUCACAACAUAAACACACACAACUCAAAUGUUUAUGCUGUUUGUCCCUGUGAACUGGGAAACAUAUGAAGCUAGCGUUGGAUUGGUGGGGAGCACUUUGAUUGGCAGGUCCCAACUGAAGGUGUCCACAUCCACAUGCUCUGCCCCUGUCCAGAUGGUGACCUCUGACUUAUUCUGCAGAACCACAGGUGCCUCCACCGGCUCCCUCGCUGUGACAAACUCAAAAUGAAGACGCCAA